GGGGCAGCCCCCGCCCCUGGUGCCCGUGUCCGGGGUGGGAGGAGGAAGAGGAGGGCAGGAGAAGGCUCCUGUCCCGGGGAGGUGGGGCCGGGGCAGGUGCCAGGGGAGGCAGGAAGGGGCGGGCAGGGCGCUGCCUGCUCCCCGCCAUUGGGACCCGGCCGCAGGCAGCGGCGGAGCCGUGCUGGAGAGAGCCCGGUCCCGCACCCACGGGGCUCCGCUUCCCGGCGGCCGUGGUGGGGGGAAGCCAGGAGCUGAGCCCCGGAGCCCGGCUGCAGAGCGGUGCGGAGCCCCGACGGAGGGGCCCGGGGCCCGGCUGAAGCCCCGAGCAAAGCCCCUGCGGAGGGUGCCGGAGCGCGGCUGAAGCCCCCAGUGAAGCCCCGACGGAAGGUACCGGAGCCCGGUUGAAGCCCCCAGCGAAGCCCCCUUCGGACGCUCGCGGAGCCCCGUUGGGGCAACCGGUUACACCGCGGCGGAGAGCCCCGGAGCGCGGUGGGAGGAAGAGCCCCGAGUCCUCGGUGAGCGGCGGUGCCCGGGGGAUCUCCCCCCGGUCCCUCCAUGGACUGAGAUGGCCUCGGAGCUGGCCAUGAGCGCGGAGCUGCCCACCAGCCCCCUCGCCAUCGAAUACGUGAACGAUUUCGACCUGAUGAAGUUCGAAGUGAAGAAGGAACCGGCGGAGGCGGAGCGGUUGUGCCACCGGCUGCCCGCCGGGUCCCUGUCGUCCACCCCGCUCAGCACCCCCUGCUCCUCCGUGCCUUCCUCGCCCAGCUUCUGCGCUCCCAGUCCCGGUGGGCAACCAGCCCCUGGCCCCCCGACCACCACCGCCGCUUCCCUGGGCUCCAAGCAGCAGCUGGAGGAGCUGUACUGGAUGUCGGGUUACCAGCAUCACCUCAACCCCGAAGCUCUCAACCUGACGCCGGAGGACGCGGUGGAGGCGCUGAUCGGUGCCCCUCACCAUCAUCAUCAUCACCACCAAGGCUACGAGUCCUUCCGACCUCAGCCUUUCGGUGGCGAGGAGCUACCCCCGGCCGCCCAUCACCACGCCGGUCAUCACCAUCAUCACCAUCACCAUCUGCGCUUGGAGGACCGCUUCUCCGACGACCAGCUGGUGAGUAUGUCGGUGCGGGAGCUCAACCGGCAGCUGCGGGGCUUCAGCAAGGAGGAGGUGAUCCGCCUCAAGCAGAAGAGGAGGACCUUGAAGAACCGAGGCUACGCUCAGUCCUGCCGCUACAAGCGGGUCCAGCAGCGGCACAUCUUGGAGAACGAGAAAUGCCAGCUCCAGAGCCAAGUGGAGCAGCUCAAGCAGGAGGUGACCCGCUUGGCCAAGGAAAGGGAUCUGUACAAAGAAAAAUACGAGAAGUUGGCCGGCCGGGGCUUCCCGAGGGAGCCCUCCCCAUCCGCCGCCCCCAAACCCACCGCUGACUUCUUCAUGUGAGCCUCAAACACGGGGAGAGGGAGGGAAGGUUGUGUGUGUAUUGGGGGGGGGGGUGUCCCCCUUCUUUCUCCCCCCCAUUCCAUGUAUGGAACGAACCCUCCGCUUGUACAAAACCCCGACAAAUGUGUUAUUUUUGGGUUUCUCACUCAUAGUUUGGGAAGGGGGGGAGCUGA